AAUCUUGCUGAAAAGAGUGACAAGAGGAAAAAAACUUCACCUUAACUCACCAAGCUUCAUCUGAGAUAUUUUCCCAAGGAGUACUGGGACUGUCCCCAUGGUCUCAGAAGGAUACUUGGGACUCUAAGCUAAUGGAACUUGUUUAAUUGAUUAAUUAAUUUCAUUGUACAUCACAAAAUCACUUUUGAACAUUAUUUAAUUUAACUAUUAUAUGUUUUUUUAACAAAAAAGUGAGUGCUGGACUAAAGUUGUCAAGAAAACUUAACUUUUUUGUAGCUUUUUUUUCAUUCACAAUAUCUGUCUCCAGGAAUAGGUGUUCUGAUAAUCCAUAGCCAUGGCACUGCUGGACACAGAGUUUGGGGUGAAGGGCAGCAGCAUCAUCAGAGAGUGGAGUGGACAGGUCCAGCCAGCUCUGGUCGCCUCCUUUGUUUUCCUCUUCUGUCUAGAAGCCUGUCUAUGGGUCAGGAAUCUCAGACUCAAGAGAAGGCUGCCAGGACCCUUUGCCUGGCCGGUGGUGGGCAAUGCCAUGCAGCUGGGGCAGAUGCCUCAUAUCACCUUCUCCAAGCUGGCAAAGAAGUACGGCAACGUGUAUCAGAUACGCCUGGGCUGCAACAACAUAGUGGUGCUCAAUGGAGACACAGCAAUACGAGAAGCCUUGGUUCAACACAGCACAGAGUUUGCAGGCAGACCCAACUUUGUGUCUUUUCAGAUGAUUUCAGGAGGCAGGGGCUUGACUUUCACUAACUACAGCAAACAGUGGAAAAUGCACAGGAAAAUUGCACAAUCUACCAUUAGAGCGUUCUCCUCUGCCAACAGCCAGACCAAGAAAGCAUUUGAGCACCACGUUUUGGGAGAAAGUAUGGAUCUUGUGCAGGUAUUUCUGAGAAUGAGUGCAGAUGGACGAUAUUUUAAUCCCUCUCAUGAAUUUACAGUAGCUGCUGCAAAUGUAAUCUGUGCACUGUGCUUUGGAAAGCGUUAUGGCCAUGAUGACAUGGAGUUUAGAACCCUUCUGGGCAGAAUGGACAGGUUUGGAGAGACAGUGGGGGCUGGCAGCUUGGUGGAUGUCAUGCCCUGGCUUCAGAAUUUCCCAAAUCCUGUCCGCAGCAUCUACCAGAAUUUCAAACAUAUAAAUAAGGAGUUUUUUGCCUUUGUGAAAGAUAAAGUGAUGCAGCACAGAGAAACCUUCACGCCUGAUGUGACGCGUGACAUGAGUGAUGCCAUCAUUAACGCGAUUGAGCACAGAAAGGACAGUGGACUGGCCGACGACUUUGUUGAAGGAACAGUCGCAGACCUCAUUGGAGCCGGCCAAGAAACAAUGUCAACCAUUUUCCAAUGGAUUCUCCUGCUUUUGAUUAAAUACCCCAACAUCCAAACCAGGCUGCAGGAGCAGAUUGACAAAGUGGUAGGCCGUGACAGGCUGCCCUGUAUUGAGGACAAAGCCAGCCUGGCUUACCUAGAUGCUGUUAUCUAUGAGACCAUGCGCUAUACCAGCUUUGUACCCCUCACCAUCCCACACUCCACCACCUCAGAUGUCACCAUCGAAGGCUUCCACAUUCCCAAAGACACAGUGGUCUUCAUCAACCAGUGGUCCGUCAACCACAACCCUUUAAAGUGGAAGGACCCACAUCUCUUCGACCCCUCACGGUUCCUCGAUGAAAAUGGUGCCCUUGACAAGGACCUGACCAACAGCGUCAUGAUCUUCUCCACUGGUAAGAGACGAUGUAUUGGCGACCAGAUUGCCAAGGUGGAAACAUUUUUAUUUACAGCAGUCUUGCUUCACCAGUGUACCUUUGAGAGCAACCCAUCAGAGGCCCUGACCCUUGACUGUUCAUAUGGGCUCACACUGAAGCCUCUCCACUACACCAUCACAACCAAGCUCAGGGGGAAGCUGCUCGGUCUGGUGUCCCCUGCAUAAAAAUCUCAUCCCAUUAUUGUGGGCAACAUUGCCAAUCAAUUACAUUUUACAGUGAGUAUAAGCAAACCUGCACUGAAUGCUGUUGUUGAAGAGUGUCAUAUUUCAUAUUUAAUAUUUAAUUAAUAUCUGAACACAAUUGAAUAUGUUUGCAAUGUUGUUGAUACAGAAUUGAAAGUAUGAUUACAGUAAUGGAAAGUUUGCUAGGUAGAAAUGGAUCUCCUUUGUUGGGGGCCAGGGGUCGAGUCGUGGGGUCAAUGAAGUUGAACAGGCUCUCAAACUAUGUACCUGAUCAUAUUCUUUAAGGAAGUAUACUUUUGUUUUAUAUACAUUUUGAGUGUUGAGCUUACUUCAUAAACAGUAUUCAGCAUGUUAACGUAUGAAAAUAUGUGCAUGAAACUAAAAUAUCACUCAAAAGUCAAUGGAAGGUUAUAUCACAGUGGAAUAUGAAUGUUGUCGUCACACCCAAGGAACCACAAUUUGUUGCGUUGAGGACUUGUCGGAUUCCUCGCAUCAAGAUGGUGAUGUAUCAAUGUAGUUAACCUUUUCACAUAAAGCAGUCACAAAAUAUUUGUAUAGAUAUAUUUCAGGUAUGAAAAUUAUUUGUAUUCUUAUCCAAUCCACUAUCUACUGUACACCAUGAAUAUGUUUCAAUGGAGAGGUUUCAAUGUUUCCAAUGUUUCAAUGGAGAGAUGGAUUUGGAAUUGUGGGAUUGAUAAUGCUGAUGAAUACAUGGGAGAUGACCAACUCUGACACUGACUGCAUUGAUCUCCUUAGAAAUCUACUGAACAGGCCCUCCAGCUACACAACCCAUCCCUUCAUAUCCAAACUAACUGUCACUAAAUACAAUACUACUACACAAAUCAAUGGAAUUGUCAAGUCUUUAUGUAUUUAAACAAAUGCAUGUCUGUUUACACCUCAAGGGUCUGAAAUCUAUAUGGAUGUCAUUUCACCUUUGUCAAAGAGCACGUAUUCAAGAAUUUAUGAAAUAGUGUUCAGAAUCUCUGCCUCUCUCAAACCAAGAAACUCAACUACAGCAUGCGUUGAAUGUCCAAGCAAGGAUUCAUCAUAGAAAAUACUGUGUUGAUUUUUUUUUUAAAUAAACAAAUUAUAUGCUUGAAAAAUCAGAUAUCUGGAAUGAAUAAAGCAACGUUUUAAACAGUCA